AUGGAGGCCCACCUGAGCCGCCCUCCCCAACCUGCCCAGCCCCGCCUUCUGUCCAUUCUCCUGGCCGCCCAGCCUAGCAACCCCUCCAACCUAGGCACCGACCCCCAGAAUCCCAGGGGCGUGGCUCUGUCACUCGGGGUGGCCUUUGCCACCGCGGCGGGACUACAUUUCCCAGAGGGCGCGGCGGAGGAGGACACGCCCACUUCCGGCGUCGUCACGCUGUUGGCUCUGCACUGCCCCCUUCGAAUCUGGGGACACCGCAUAGUCCAUAGCCCCCUUCUCCAGCUGAGGGGGCUCCCACAGGAGGCUGUAGGGACAGGAAAGGACCCCCAAGUCACGUCCCAGAGCGCGGUGACGUUUGGGGACGUGGACGUCGCUUUCUCCCAGGAGGAGUGGGGCCGGCUGAGCUGCGCCCAGAAGGCCCUGUACAGAGACGUGAUGCUGGAGAACUACCGGAACCUGGUGUCGCUGGGGCUCUGCCUCUCUAAGCCCGACGUGAUCUCCUCCUUGGAACAGAGGACAGAGCCCUGCAUGGCCAAGAACGGGCUGACAGGAGGCCGGUGCCCAGGUGAGCGUGGGAGACCCGGUGGGGGCCACUCACUGGAGGUCACAGGUCAGCCACCUCAGGCAGGCGGGGUCAUCAGGAGGCUCCUGAGCUCGGGGCCUGGAGGGCAAGGAAGACCCCCUGGAAUGGACGCCCCGCGCUUUGUCCGGGCCAAGCAGACAUGUGGUCUGUCCUUCCAGAGCGCGGUGACGUUUGGGGACGUGGACGUCGCUUUCUCCCAGGAGGAGUGGGGCCGGCUGAGCUGCGCCCAGAAGGCCCUGUACAGAGACGUGAUGCUGGAGAACUACCGGAACCUGGUGUCGCUGGGGCUCUGCCUCUCUAAGCCCGACGUGAUCUCCUCCUUGGAACAGAGGACAGAGCCCUGCAUGGCCAAGAAUGGGCUGACAGGAGGCCGGUGCCCAACUCCCUUCCGCCCCUUGAAGAGCGCGGUGACGUUUGGGGACGUGGACGUCGCUUUCUCCCAGGAGGAGUGGGGCCGGCUGAGCUGCGCCCAGAAGGCCCUGUACAGAGACGUGAUGCUGGAGAACUACCGGAACCUGGUGUCGCUGGGGCUCUGCCUCUCUAAGCCCGACGUGAUCUCCUCCUUGGAACAGAGGACAGAGCCCUGCAUGGCCAAGAAUGGGCUGACAGGAGGCCGGUGCCCAAGUCUCUGCCUCUCUAAGCCCGACGUGAUCUCCUCCUUGGAACAGAGGACAGAGCCCUGCAUGGCCAAGAACGGGCUGACAGGAGGCCGGUGCCCAGGCGGGAAGGCUGUGCCCGCGGAGGAGGGGCCGUGUGAGGAGCAGCGGUCCAGACCAGCGCUGCUGCACAGACGGGCCAGCUGCCGCCUGCAGGGCUCCGGGCGGGGGCAGCGCUGGGAUGGCGAGGCUCUGCUCCAGAGGCAGCCGGGCUUGGCGACCAGCACGCGGGUGGCCAGCGACUCCUCCCAGCAGCCCGGCCCGGCUCAGGGGAGUUUCCCUAAGGAUGUGACGUGGGGGAGCCCGGACCUGGAGGCAGGGCGCUGUGUGUCCCGGCCGCAGUGGCCUUCUCGGCUGCAUCGCGGGAGGGAGCCCUGGCUGGUGAAGAGAGAGCUGGCGGGAGGCCUCUUCUCAGGCCAACAAUCUGUACAUGAGACCCAGGAAUUAUUUCCAAAGCAGGAUUUAUUUGCUGAUGUGCUAACAGACAGAACUUUAAGCACUAAUCUGGAAUGUUCAACUUUCAGAGAAAAUUGGGAUUCUGAGGGUGUGUUUGAAAGGAAGCUGGUAGGCCGGGAGACACAAUUCAGGCAAGAAACAGUCACUAAUAGCAAAACCCUCUCUAAAGAAAGAGAGCGUACGUAUAACAAAUCUGAAAGAUGGUUCCCUUUGGACGUGUCAGAAGAGAGAGUUCAUAACCAUGAUUCAGUUAAGAAAAGUUUCCCCCAAAAUACAGUGGUGAUAAAACAUACAGGAAUCUGCACAGGAAAAAAACUUUUCAAAUGUAAUGAAUGUAAGAAAACUUUUACCCAGAGCUCAUCUCUUACUGUUCAUCAGAGAAUUCACACCGGAGAGAAACCCUAUAAAUGUAACGAGUGUGGAAAGGCCUUUAGCGAUGGCUCAUCCUUUGCCCGACAUCAAAGAUGUCACACUGGCAAGAAGCCCUACGAAUGCAUUGACUGUGGGAAAGCCUUCAUACAGAACACAUCCCUUAUUCGUCACUGGAGAUACUAUCACACUGGGGAGAAACCCUUUGAAUGCAUCAACUGUGGGAAAGCCUUCAGUGACCACAUAGGACUUAAUCAACACAGGAGAAUUCAUACUGGAGAGAAACCCUACAAAUGUGAUGUGUGCGACAAGUCCUUCAGGUAUGGCUCAUCCCUUACUGUUCAUCAAAGGAUUCAUACUGGAGAGAAACCAUAUGAAUGUGAUGUUUGUCGAAAAGCCUUCAGCCAUCAUGCAUCCCUCACUCAACAUCAAAGAGUGCAUUCUGGAGAGAAACCUUUUAAGUGCAAAGAAUGUGGGAAAGCUUUUAGGCAAAAUAUACACCUUGCUAGUCACUUGAGAAUUCACACUGGAGAGAAGCCCUUUGAGUGUGGGGAAUGUGGCAAAUCCUUCAGCAUCAGUUCACAGCUCGCCACACACCAGAGAAUUCACACUGGAGAGAAGCCCUAUGGGUGUAAAGUUUGCAGUAAAGCCUUCACCCAGAAGGCUCACCUCGCACAGCAUCAGAAAACUCAUACGGGAGAGAAGCCAUAUGAGUGCAAGGAAUGUGGGAAAGCCUUCAGCCAGACCACACACCUCAUUCAGCAUCAGAGAGUUCAUACCGGAGAGAAGCCCUAUAAAUGUGUCGAGUGCGGGAAGGCCUUUGGUGAUAACUCAUCCUGUACUCAACAUCAGAGGCUUCACACGGGCCAGCGGCCUUAUGAAUGCAUUGAGUGUGGAAAGGCAUUUAAGACAAAGUCAUCCCUGAUUUGUCAUCGCAGAAGUCACACCGGAGAGAGACCAUAUGAGUGCACUGCCUGUGGCAAAGCCUUUAGCCAUCGCCAGUCCCUUAGCGUGCAUCAGCGGAUUCAUUCCGGAAAGAAGCCGUAUGAAUGCAAGGAGUGUAGGAAAACCUUUAUCCAGAUUGGACACCUCAAUCAACACAAGCGAGUCCACACGGGCGAGCGGGCCUAUAACUACAAGAAAAGCAGGAAAGUCUUCAGGCAGAGCACACACUUCGCUCAUCAGCGAGUUCAUGCCGGAGAGUCAUCCGCACGCCCCUCCUUACCUUCCACGUCAAAUCCUGUGGAUCUUUUCCCCAGAUAUCUCUGGAACCCAUCCUCGCUCCCAUCACCAUAAUCUCAGUAUUGUUCUUCCAGCUAGGCUACUCCAGUAGUGUAUAGACUGGUCUCUGCUCUUUUGUUUUUGUCCUCAACAAGGUUGUUUUUCACGUGGCAGUCAGGGUGAUGUGGGUGUGAAUGUAACUCGCUCACUUCUGAUGUAAAAACUUGCAUUGAGGUCCUCUAAACUGGUUACUGCCUAAGACGCUCCUAGAACAGUGCCUCGUCCACACGAAGUGUGAGUGACUUUAGCUCCUUUAAAACAUUAUUUUGGGACAUUGAAGCAUUGCCAUAGUUAGCUCUGAAUAAAAAUGGUGCAUAACACAAGACCAGGCUGAACAAGGUUUUAGAUUGGGAAGAUGAGUUUGGGGAAGUCCAUGAAGCUUUGCCUAUGUCGCUUUAAAACUUGAUUCCAUUUUGCUGAGUUCGUGUUGUGGGUUUCCACCUUAUCUGCAUAAAUGUAAGGUGCACUUGGUGAGAAAAUUUAGCUUUACAUCUGACAACAGUCUUAGGACGUGUGCAGGGAAUAUGGAUGAGUAGGCCACCUGGAACAAUCAGAAAACGCAAGCUUUAUAUGAAUAAAGUUAAAACUACAGACAUGUUACUCGAGAAUUAGAAAAUUUGGCAAGAUUUGAUCUAUUGAAAGUCACCUGGACUCAUGAAUGAGUUCUCUUAAACUUUCAAGGAAAAAAAAACCUGAGGUAUACUUAUCAAGAGUAGGGGUCAGCAGCCCUCGCUGAUUUGGCUCAUUGGAAAAAGUGUCAGCCUGAGGAUUGAAGGGUCCCGGGUUUGAUUCUGGUCAAGGGCCCGUACCUCAGUUGCAGACUCGAUCUCUGCACCUGGUCAGGUCUCAUGCGGGAGGCAACCUAUCAAUGUGUCUCUCUCACAUCAUUGUUUCUCCCCCUCCCUUCCACUUUCUAAAAACCAAAGGGAAAAUAUCCUCAGGUGAGGAUCAACAACAAAAAAGAGUAGGGGUGAGCAAACUGACUCAUGGCCAAAGUCUCACUGGCUGUUUUUGAAUGGCCUAUGACCUAAAUUUUUAAAAUAUGUUUAAAUGGUUGGACAAGUUAAGAGAAUAAUACUUUAUGACAACAUGACUAUUAUAUGAAAUUUACAUUUCAGUGUCUGUAAAUAAAGUUUUAUUGGCUCACAGCCACACAUUUUUAUUUUUUUACAUAUUGCCUUUGGCUGCUUUCAUUCUACAAGGUCAGAGUUGAGUACCUGCAACAUACAAAGUACAGCCUGCACAACCUCAAAUAUUUACUAUCCUUUUACAGAAAAAGUUUUCCCACCCCUGCUCUAGCACAGAGAAGUAAUAUACAAAAGGUUUUAAUUAUUUCUUCAAGGAAAAUACAACUUUUACAUCAACAUGAAAACUGUCAAGCGACUUCAAAUAGAGGUGAUGGGAAACUAUUAAACCAUAUUGAACAAUAUAAAAUGUGAAUAAAAAGAAAUAUAUUUUUCUAGAUGAAACACUGGAUACUAUUAAAAUAUUUGUAAAGUGUUUUUCCCAACAGAGUCCCAGUAGGAUAUGUUUAUUUUGACAGUUUUUUUAAAAACCACACGAGGAAAGAUAAUUUGUCAAGUAUAGCCAGACAUUUUAACAAUAUGUUUCUUUGCAUUUGAAAUUUUAUAAAAAGACUGGUUUUUAAUUUUGGGGAAAUGAUGUUUGACAGUCCGUUGUCUACUCUCCAAAAAAACC